AUGUCUCCGCCUCCAAAAAUCCUUUCCAACAUCGACGUCAACCUUGCUGGAGGUGGGGCCACCAUGUCAGUAGGCCUUUUGGGUCCUCUGAACAUUGAGAUAGGGGACAUGCGUCUUAGGCAUCCGGUGUAUAUGGCACCCCUACAGGACGAUAUGCUCAUUGGCAUCGACUUUAUGCAGGAAAAUGAAGUGCAGUUGCAUUGCGGAGCUGGUGAACUAAGGGUAGGGGGCAGCAUGACUAUACAAGCUAUGCAUAAGGCUAACACAAACUCAGUUCAGGGUGUCACAGUCCGGCGAGUACGUUUACCUCCUUUGUCUGUGGGGGUUAUCGAUUGCAAUAUAGAGAAGGAGCUACCUGAUUUCAUCCUAGAACCGACAAAUAACUUCCCGGUCGGUGUCUCCCCAUCCCGCACAUUCAACCAGACGGGGAAUAAGGGAAAAUUAUGUCUCAUAAACAUGACUCCGCGAAGUCAUAUUUUUCGCGCAGGAGAACCGCUGGCCACAGCUUUACCUGCACAUGAGGUGGGGCAACCAUCCACAUCUGUGCGACAGGUGAGUUCAGAGGGCCAGAUAGAGUCCCAGUCACAUAUUCAGACUCUGUUGGAAGAUAUCCGCACUCAUGCCCCACCCGAGGUGCGGGAGGAGGCAUUACAAUUGAUCAAUGAGUAUGCCGAUGUCUUCGCCACAAGUGACUUAGAUUUGGGGAAUUUCGAUGCCUUAGAGCACCGGAUCGAAACUGGAACCGCGCGACCUGUGAAGCAAAGGAUGCGACGCACACCUGCCGUUUUCCAGGGGGAAGAAGAGGGCACCUGGAUAAGAUGUUAG